CAGUGUGGUUUCCAGCAUCCACAGUGUUAAACUUCUUGUUCUAAAUGAAGAGACCACAAAGGCUCUAACCAAGGAACGACGAUCUCCGCCAAGAAUAUUUGAUAAUCGGUCACAUCUGUAUACAGAGUACAUGUUUGAAUGAUGGCCUAGUUCCAGCAUUGGCAUCUCUUCUUAGAGGGAUGCGUAAUCUGAUUACGUUUCACAUGAAGUAUGAGCCAAUUAUACCCCUCUUGUUUACCAAACAUGUUGAAGUUAUUACUGCAAGCAGAUUUGAUCACGAAUACUGGAAAUCCCAAAACUUGGCUAUCAUUGAUCAGCUUGAGGAGGUAACUGUUGAGCUUUCCAGUGGGAGUAAUGAGUUGGAGUUUGCAAGGUAUAUUUUGGAGGGUGCUAAGAAUUUGAAGAAAAUGGUUAUAGUUUAUUUACCCCAUCAAUCAACUCGAAUUGAAGCAGGACAUGACAUUGAGAUGAACUCCCCUGCAACAAUUGUCUUUAAGAAGAGAACCAGAAGGCCCAAGCCCUCUUAUUCCCCUUGAGCAUUAUCUCAAGUGGUUUAAAUCUCCUUGCAAAUUGCAAUCAAGAAAGGAAAGACAG